AUUUUAUUAGCUAUUAUUAUUAUACUUAGCUUUUUUAUUUCAUAUUUAGUUUUAGUAAUUUUCUAACUUUCACUUAUUUAAUUUUAUUUAGUUGCCAAAGCAAAUUUCCUUUUUUUUUUUUAAUGUAUAGUUUUCAUCUAAUAUUUAUUUAUUUACUUUCAGCUUCAUUUCAGUGAACAACAACAACUAUUUAAAAUUUGUGGUUAACAGUAACAACACUUGUACACUUCAAAACGAUGAUAUAAUUAACAAUAAGGAAUUAAUAAUUGAAACUGAUUAGUUCUGAGAGAGUCACUAUGGUGCAUCAAAGGGUUAAGUUUGUUUUUCUUUUAUCAUAACAACUUGGUAACGAGCUACUGACACCAUGUGACCUCAGUAUGACAUCAUCACGUCACGUCCCUCGAUCGUUUUAACCACGAGCUCAGCUUCCACCUGCGACAUUCGGAGAGAAGAAGUGUGUGCGAGUGCCAUGGGAUGCAGAUUAAAGCAUCUUGUAAGCGAUCCUCACUUUCAUCAGUCCAGCGUAUCGGGUGCUCUCUGAGGAAGUGUGUGCAGUGCCGGGUUACAGCGCUCCGGUGACUCACAGCUGCUCUGGAGCUGCUUCUUGUCACAUGAGGUGGUGGGAUGCGCAGCUGGAGGUGGUCUGUCUCCAGAGUUAUGCGUGUCUUGCUGCGCUGGUUAAGACUCUGUCCUCGCCGGGGACGCAGAAAGCGGUCGAGCCGAAUACAGGAUCUGUGGAACUAUGGGAGGCUGCUGCUGAAGUCCCUUUACUUCAAUGUUCUGACCAGUUCGGACACUGCGCUGGACUGCGUCUUUGAGCCCAUCUACUGGCUGGUGGACAAUAUGACCCGCUGGUUCGGAGUGGUGUUUGUGUCUCUGGUGAUCGCCUUGACCAGCUCAGUCGUGAUUAUCGUGUAUCUGUGUGUGCUGCCGGUCAUCUUCAGCUCAUACCCCGUUCACUGGAUCCUCUGGCACCUCUGUUACGGACACUGGAACCUCCUCAUGAUCGUCUUCCAUUACUAUAAAGCUACAACCACAUGUCCGGGUUUCCCGCCGCAGGAAAAGAGUGAUAAACCAACUGUUACUAUCUGUAAGAAAUGUAUCGUUCCCAAACCGGCGAGAGCUCAUCACUGCAGCAUCUGCAGCAGGUGUAUUUUGAAAAUGGACCACCACUGUCCCUGGCUGAAUAACUGCGUCGGUCAUUUCAACCACCGUUACUUCUUCAGUUUCUGUCUGUUCAUGAGCAUGGGCUGCAUCUACUGCAGCAUCAGCGCCAAAGACAUGUUUCUGGACGCAUACAACGCCAUCGAGUCAGGCAGGUAUGUGGGCGGAGACUUGCAGGGGGAGGCGGUCCUGGGGGCGGGGCUAAUCUAUGUCUCGCUCUCACAGCAGAGCUCGUAUCAGACUCCUGCACCUGUCUUCACUCAUCAGCAGAGGAUGGUUCAUAAGAGCCUGGUGUAUCUGUGGGUGUUGACGAGUUCUGUGGCUGUAGCGUUAGGAGCGCUGACCCUGUGGCACGCAGCACUGAUCACCAGAGGACAGACCAGCGUGGAGAGACACAUCAACCGCAAAGAGACACAACGCCUCAGACUCAAGGGAAAAGCUUUCCGUAACCCGUACCACCACGGAACAAUUAACAACUGGAAAAUAUUUUUUGGUGUUGAGAAGCAAAGUGAUUGGCUAACACGAGUGCUGCUGCCCUCCAGCCAUCUUCCUCGCGGGGACGGCCUGACGUGGGACUGUUCCACUUACAGAAACAACACCAUGGCCAUAUGACCUCUCAGAUCAUAAACUCACAUCAUGACCUCUGAUGACCGAAGGGCUCUCUGCAUCACUCCUGUCCUUCAGAAGAGAACGAUUGGCGUGUUUUCUGCUGAAAUGUGUGUUUAUGGUACAGUCUGAGAUCCUUUUUCAACAGUUCAGAGUUGUACUUGGUGCCAAAGACUUCAUGUGAAUGGGUUUUAGUGACAUCUGUGGAAUAUAUAUAUUUAUAUAUUUUUAACUCCAAUAUUCACUUCUGAUGAUGAUGAUGAUUCAUGGGAAUCUGUGUUCCUUAUGAAACGAUUUGAAUGUCUAGACAUUUCCGAAGUGGUCCAUGCAUUUUGUUAAAAUGAAGUUUACGUUCUUUUGCAAAUGUUUUCUAAUGAACAGAUUUUACAUAUGAAAUAUGUCUGCAGUUUUAAUAUGGACUCCAAAAGUCUUAGAGCAUAAAAAUAUCAUGCAUUUUAGGAUAUCUGAUAUUUAAUAGAUCCCCUGUUUGCUUUAAUGUAUCUUGUGCAAGUAAUAACUUGGUCAAAUGCUUAAAAAAAAAAGUUUUUUAAUUGUUGACCUUCAUUUAUUACAGACUCUUAUAAUGUGUGUUAAAGUAUAUUUAUUUAUUUUUUCAUAUCAUAAAUUUGUUAGAUUUUUUUUUUCUCGCCGUAAAUCCUUAAACUACAAGGUUUUAAUAAUGGUAAAAAAAAAAAAAAAUAAUACAAUUUUUUUAAAAAUCAGGUGACGCUUUACAUUUGUCUCAGUUGUUAACAUCAGUUAAUGUAUUAGCUCACACCAACAUUGAGCAAUAUAUUUUUAAUGCAUUUAUUAAUAUUUGUUACAAUAGUUCAUUGAACGUGCAUUUUAAUGUUAAUAUACAACUAUUGAUUUUAAAAAUCUAAUAGUAAAUGUUAACUAAUGCAGUUAACUAAUGUCAACAAAAGAGUUAAAGUGUCCAUAUUUUGUUUUCUCAGUCUUUUGGAUUCCCUGUAAAUGUAAGCAAGAUGAAAACAUUUUUGCUGUUUCAGUGAUUUGAGUAAACAGAUCAUUUUGUGGUUUAACUAUCUGAAAUAUGUUUGUAACUUCAAAAGAUUCAUAUUCAGGCCAGUCCAGCACAUACUGUACGGAUGAACUAGUGUGAUAUUAAACAUAAAACAGUUCUGGGAAAUUAUGACACAGAGGACACAAUCACAGUUUGUAUCUUUACUUCUUAAAGAUAAAUUAUGUUUGACUUC